AUGAAAAUGGGCCUGCUCACCGAUUCUCAUCAGUCGCCAAAUAAAAGAAAGUUCAGGAAAUAUUUGAUCAAAUAUAAAACUCUGGUUUGUGCAUUGCUUUACAUUUCCGGUAUAGCCUAUUUUUGUUCACUGGCACACUCAUCACGAAACAAUGCGACGUAUUUCUCUGAAAACGCUCUACUACCCGGUCUAGUGAACUCAGAAAUGCGAUCGGAACACACAAAUUUUGCACUCCGACUACAUGAUGACUUGGAACGUGAACGAGAGAAACAUAAAACUUCCAUGCCAACCGCUUGGAUUCUUGCGAAAUUUCGUCAAAUAGGACUCGAAGCGUACAGUCAUAACUUCACGUUGAACUAUCCGUUGGGCGGAGGACGCGUAUUUAUUGGCAAAAAUGUAUAUGGAAUUUUACGUGCACCAAGAAUUGGUUCAACAGAAGCUAUUGUAAUUGCAACGCCUUACCGAACACCGGAAUCGAUACACCCAAUCGUAAUGCCCAGUCUCCCCAUUUUAAUUGCAUUUGCCAACUAUGCACGAAGACAAAAGUACUGGGCAAAAGAUAUUAUAUUUAUUGUAACGGAUCAAGAACAACUGGGUAUGCACGCCUGGCUCGAAGCAUAUCAUAAUCCAAAGGGUAUUCUAAAUUCAAACUCGAUUUUAAAUUGUGGUUACCUUGAAGCUCGAGCAGGUUCAAUUCAAGCAGCAAUAAAUUUGGAGUUGCAAUCGUUUGAUCUAAAUCACAUCGAUAUAAAAAUUGAAGGACUCAAUGGACAACUGCCAAAUUUGGAUAUAGUUAAUCUUGUUCAAAGGAUUGCUGCAAAAGAAGGUUUUAUCAGUGGUCACAGACAAACUUCAAAUUUCAAACGAAGCGGCGCAAAAAGCUCUUGGGAAGAAAAUUUCCGUCACUUGAUUUCAAUGCUAUUGACUCUCUCGGGUACUUCACCUAAUGGAAAUCAUGGACUAUUCUACAAAUUUGGAAUUGCAUCAGUGACGCUUUCAGGUCAAAAACGGGAACAAACUAAUUAUAAGCGAAGAGCGAACGGAGCAACAUCGAUGUUGAGAUUAAUAGAGGGAAUUGCUCGCAGUGUCAACAAUUUACUCGAACGAUUCCAUCAAAGUUUCUUUUUCUACUUACUCGUGGCUAGUGACCGUUUUGUAUCGAUUGGUGACUAUAUGCCCAGUUUGGGAUUGAUGGUUGCAGCGCUUCUGAUAAAAGCAUUCAUAACAUGGUUGAAUAUCAACCAUAAAUCUGUUAUGAUUGACAUCGACGGAAAAGAUACAGAUAAAGAUAGCGAAGAGAUGAUCUCUUCACUUCUAGAGAACAACGAAGCAAAUUCUAAUGAUCACCUUAGCUUCAUUCCAGUUGCCAAGUUUCUAAUUGUGGCCCACAUUUUCGGUGUGGUGGCAGCUUACCUACCGUUCGCCGCUCCAAUUGAUAUAGUUUUCCAUGAACACGGAAUUAAAACGGAGGUCUAUCUCUUCUUCAGUCUUUUGAUUGUGUCAUUAGUGGGCCUUACAUUGCCAAUUUUUUUCUCAAUAAGUGCAAAUAACAAGGAGCUUCUACAUGUAGCCGUUUUAUUGGAGGCGUCGACCGCAUUGAUUAUUGUAGGAAUGUUGAAUUUCUCUCUUGGAUUUCUUUUAUGUUCAUUUUUCGUGCCAUUCGCGUUAUUCAUUGAUCCAAAGUCAGGUCAAUUCAAAACUAGACUAUCCCAGCUGAUUUGUUUUCUUAUGAAUCCAAUAAUGGUCGUGUACUUUGUUGUAUUGUUGCUAACGUGGUGGUCUUUCGAUGAACUCUCAAUAAUUGCGAUUAUCAAAAGAGCUUUGACUGCCUGCAUGGAUGCCUUGACAUUUUCGAUUGUUGACUCAAUUAUCUACAGCAACUGGCUUUUUCCAUUAGCAGCGUUUAUUUUCUUCCCAAUAUGGAUAACAUUUUUUGGUAUUCUAUCCUUAACAAGCCAGUCAAAACAAACAUUCCAUGAAACUAAAAAGAAACUUUGAUGUAACGCACUUUAGUCAUUUUCAACGUUAAAAGAUGUAACGUUUUUAGUCUUUUUUCCCCGUCAAAAUCGAAUGAAAUUUCAGUGUAAACCAACUGCAUGAAUAUUCGGAACGCUACCCAGCAUCUGUCAAAUUCGAACAUUUGAAAUGACAACCAUUCCAACUACUACUAUGUGCCGAACAAACUGAAUAAACCAACAUCUUAGAAGAA